AUGUCUUUCAAAGAAUUUUGUGACCUCCUUGUACUUCUCUACGGCGAUGAAAUUAUUUCCGAUGAAGAGUUUUUGCUACUUUACGAUAGUUUCAUGUCAAAGAAUCCAGAUUUUCCCCAUGAAAACUAUCAACGGUUUGAUUUGGAUUCUAUGAACUCCGCAGAGUGCAAAGCAGAGUUUCGUGUCGAGAAACACGAUCUCCCUCGCCUUGUUGCAGCCCUCCAACUACCACCGGUUUUUUAAAUGCGAGCAGAGAUGAUGUCAUCGACUAUAUUUAUGAUGUUCAUGGGCACCGUAUAACACAGUGGAAUCCAGAUCUUCUGAAUCCUGGGGCUUUGCAGCGUUAUGCAGAAGCUAUAUCAGGAAAAGGAGGCCCCCUUGACAACUGUUUCGGUUUUGUAGAUGGAACAGUCCGACCCAUUUCAAGACCAAAUGAGCGUCAGAGAAUUGUGUACAAUGGCCACAAGAGGGUCCACGCGUUAAAAAUCCAAUCCUUGUCCCUACCAAAUGGACUUAUUGGCAACCUAUUUGGACCAGUUGGUGAGUUUGUAAUAAAACGUUAGUGUUUUAAACUUAAACACCCCCCCCCCCGAAAAAAAAUUCUCUUCUCAUGUUUGAUUUUAAUUUCGUUUCUAGAGGGGCGUAAACACGACGCAGGGAUUUUAAACGAUUCUGGACUACUGCGGGACUUUCAACAGUAUGCCUAUAAUCCAGCAGCUCAAGCUAUGUGCAUUUAUGGAGAUUUGGCCUACCCUCUCCGAGUUCAUCUCCAAACACCGUUCCGU